GUUGCCGCCUGACAGCGAGGCCCGGCCUUACAGCCCUUCUGCAGCUGUCCAGGAAAACAUCUGUGUUCGUCUGGCCGAUAGGGCUUUCCUCCUGGCUGAGCCCCAAAAGGAUUGAAACAAUGUAGCAGCCUAGCGUGUUUGUGACAGACCUAAUCGCAAAGGCAAAACAACCCUUCCUUAGUGUCGCUCUGAAGCACUCAAUGGAAGUCGCAACAAUCUUUGCCUAGCUGUGAAGAAUCGUCACUGACCAAUCUACACAAUCCACCAAAUGGUGGACCAAUUUUCAAAGGAUAACCCAGGGAAAUUGGUUGAUAAGGCUGUGUUUUAUAAUGGACAAGUGGGGCAGCAAUGUGAAUGCCAUCAAGCUCCUCAUUGUUUGAAGAACUUGCAGUUUUGGAGAACAUCCAGGAAAUCGUAAAAGGGUCCGAUCUACUUUUGCACUCGAAAGAGGUGAACAGCUGACAAGCCACUAAUGCUUUAUGCAUCAAGAAUCUCCAGUGAGCUUAGGAACCAACCUGAAGCUGGUAAUGAAUGUGGCCAACAUAGUGGCCACUUUAUGGAAAUGCUAGCUCUGAGCAACAACCAGUUUCGGAGUCUGCUGGAGGAAUUCAAUGCAAAAUAUGUGGAUUUACACCAAAAUGACGUAUGCUAGCUCAUUAUGGUUUGCAACACAUUCACUUGGAGUUGCAACACAAAAUUAUACCUCUUACUGGAGGAAGGAAUAAUCAGUUUCAGGGCUCUGCAGUGGGAUCUGGUGGAUUUCUGUUUGUGUUUCCCUAGACUUUGGAGUGCUGGAAGACUUUCUUCAAGAAACUGAGCUUUGUGAUGACUUGAGUAAAUGGUCACUGCACCCUGAACCUGUGAUAGCUAGCACUGAACACAAGCAGCAGGCACAGCAAAUAACUUUUCUGAUAGAAGCUAUCUUCGGAAAUGCUAGUUUUGAUACAAUCUCUGUUUCUUCUGAAAAAGUUUUUACUCUGCUUGUUUUCUCUGUCAAUUCAGCUUCUACUGAUAUUUCGUCAACAUAUCAUCCUUAACAAACAUCAAUACAAGAUUUUAAAGUAUUCUGACUUAUGUGUACCGUUGGCAUAUUUGCUUGGGAACCCAUACAAACUAAUUGCUGAAGCAAAUGUGGAUAAUUUUAGCAGGCUUGGUGUUGCCUUCAUGGAGAACAGACUACAGAUGGAUAAUGGCAUGGUACCUCAAAAAAUUGUUUCUCUACAGCUCAAUGAAUCUGUCCAAAUGAAAUUGCUGGAACCAAGUGUCGGGUUUCAAAAAGAGUGGCAGGAGCUUGGUCAUCUCCAGGAUCUUGAUAUUGCAAUGGAACCAUGUCAUAAAAGUACUUUAAUCAAACCAGUGACUGACCAAAAUGUGGGUUCGUGUGGCGAUACCUGCAGUACAGUUGGUUCUACUGAGAAACUUCGUCAACCAGAAAUGGAUGAACUUAAGGCCAUUCAAAAUAAAGAGUUUCAUAUCACCCAAGAGGCAAAGGAACUCGAGGAACACGAAGGCUAUUGCCUUCACCUUGCCAGUUGCUCUGAGUGUUUGGAGUUGGAAAACAGCACCAUUGAGUCAGUCAAAUACGCCUCAGCAGAAAACCUACUGGACCUCCCUGAUGAUUAUUGUGGAAGCUCUGAUGAAACAGUGGUUGGGGAGGACAAUUUUACAAUAAACACAGGACAAAGUAACAAGAAUGGGAAACCUCCCAAUGUAUUGAUCUAUGUUGGCUCUGAUUACAGUCAGUACUUGGUAAAAUUUAAGCAAAUAAAAUCCGUACUUUUGGAUUGCCUUGACAAUGAAAGCUAUGUGAUCUAUCCCCUUCUAGAAGAGCAGGUUCUAAAAGUUCCUUGGGUUGAUAAUGCUGUAUUGCUGGUUGUGGCAUGUGAUGAUCCAGUGCCUGAACAGAUUCAUGCAAAGUUCAUGACCUACCUGUCCAAAGGUGGGAAGAUCUUGGGACUCUGUACAUCAUUUUCUUUUGGUGAGAUCAAAGUAGCUGUCAAAAAAGAACUGAAAGGAAAGAUUCACAGAUGGUUCUUCACUAAGUCUGACAGCAAGGACAUAACCCUCCAUGCUUUUAUCAGUGGCAAAGCAUUCUUAAGAGAAACCAAAAAUGCAGAGGAAGCCAUGGAAGAUCUUGAGCUAUGGGGGAGUUUGGCUAAUCCUGAAAAGGACAUAGUAAUUGUACGUUUACCCUAUGGAGAAAAUGGAGGAGAAGCUGUGCUGUGCCAGGUUCAUCUUGAAAUUCCUCCUGAUUCAAAAGAGACCCAAAUGCAGCAGGAUUUCAGAGCACUUAAACUGAGCAAUGCACUGCGAUAUGAAGUACUGACAGAAAUUCUGACAUAUUUGCAACUUAACUGUGAACUUAGUCAAGUUCCACCUCUGACACCAGUGUACCUUCUGACCACAGCAGAGGAUAUUCGACAAACUUUCCUAAAAUGGCUAUGGCCCAGACUGGACAAGGAAGGUGUACUUAAGUCACAGAAAGUAUCUUUAAAAGUUGUAACAAUGCAGCAACCCGGAAUGGAGGUCACACGUAACACCUUGCCCGUCAUCAUAGAAUCGCCAAAAGUUUCAUCAGAAUAUUUUGACCUGAAAGUCUACUGCGAAAAUCUGCAAACUAACGUCCUAGGUCAAAUAGUUUUCUUCAGUGAGGUGAUCAUAACUACAAUGGAUCUGUUUGAUGGGUUGAUGCUUUCGUUUCCAGAGGAAGUAGGGUUAAUUGCCAUUGCAAUUCGACAAACACAAGGCAAAGGUCGUGGAGGAAAUAUAUGGCUAAGUCCAAUAGGCUGUGCAAUGUUUACUCUACACACUAGGAUUCAAGCCCACUCUAAACUUGGACAGAACAUUUCUUUUGUACAGCACUUAAUGGCUCUGGCUGCAGUGGAAUCUGUGGUAUCCAUGCCAGGAUAUGAGGAUAUUGAUCUGAGGCUUAAAUGGCCAAAUGAUAUUUACUACAGUAAUCUCAUGAAAUUAGGUGGAGUCCUGGUUAAUUCCACUUUGAUGGGAGCAACCUUUCAUGUACUUGUUGGCUGUGGAUUCAAUGUAAGCAACAGCAACCCCACGAUUUGUAUCAAUGAUAUCAUCCAGCAACAUAACAAAGAGAAUGGAACAGAUUUGCAGACACUUCGAAUAGACCUGCUGAUAGCAAGAACCGUCACUAUCUUUGAAAAUCUGAUGAGCAUUUUCCAGGAGAAAGGGCCAAAUGGAGUUUUACCACUCUAUUAUAAACGAUGGCUACACAGUGGCACAAAGGUACGACUGUGGAAAGAGGACGGUCCAAUAGCGUGGGUUGUUGGCCUGGAUGAUUCGGGCUUUCUUCAGGUUCAGCUGGAAAAUGAUGAAGACAUUGUUACAGUGCAGCCUGAUGGAAACUCGUUCGACAUGCUUCGUAACUUGAUGAUCACUAAGCAUCAUUAAAAAUGCCAUCAGGUUUUGGGGAAAUUUUGUUUUCCUGGAGUAAGGAAUAAAUAAAUGAGUAAAUUUU